CAAUAGCUCAUGUAACUUGCACAUUUGUUGAACCGCUGCACGCAGUGCGCAAAGUUGCUGGAGCCAUUUGUAGACCUUGACCAAGGACAAACGCCACCCUCCUUGACCAGGAUGUUUGUCACCGUUAAGCAUGGGGCAGGUCAGACAGAGAUUUUCAAUCACCAUUGUCGAAUUGUGAACUUCAUGGACUACAUCAAACAGAGAUGUGGCCUUGGGGCAGAAGAGUGCAUCGAUCUGGUAGAUGAGGCCGGCCACCUGAUGAAUCUAAGUGUGCAGCAAAACUCCCUCGAGCAAGCCAGCAACAUCCUGAUGCCGCGACGGAGAUAUAUCCUCAUCAGAGUAUUGAAGCAAGAUGACCCUGAGACUGUCAAAUACGAGGCUAUGCUGGACAAUAUUGAGCGUCUUCAUCCUGUGGUGGCAGAUCACCUUCGGAAACUGUCCAAUCCCAAGACCAAGGAGAAAGAGGCAACCGUGAAGAAACACAGAGCCACCAAGGAGGUUAUUCUGUCUCCAUCGGCCAAAAACAAAUCAGCCUUCAGGGCUAAAAAUACCACAAAUACACAACGAAGGUUUUGA